AUGAGGCUCGAUGCUACAGAUCUGCGCUACAUCUCCAGUCAGGAGUUCCGAGUCCUGACUGCGGUCGAGAUGGGCUCCAAGAAUCACGAAGUCGUUCCCUCAUCGCUCGCCGCGCAGAUCUGCGGUCUCCAUCACUCGGGCAUCAACAAGCUCCUUGGAUCGCUUGCAAAGCGCAACCUCAUCGCUCGUGUUCAAAAUCAAAAGUAUGACGGUUACCGACUCACCUACGGUGGAUACGACUAUCUUGCGCUCCGUGCAUUCUCCAAGCGAGACAGUGUCGCUGCUGUCGGAAGGCGUAUCGGCGUCGGAAAGGAGAGUGACAUCAUGAUCGUCUCCUCACCUGACCAAGAACAGCGUGUUCUCAAGAUCCACCGCCUUGGUCGAAUCAGCUUCAGGGCCAUCAAGGAGAAGCGUGACUACAUGGGCAAGCGCAAGAGCGCUAGCUGGAUGUAUAUGAGUCGCUUGGCAGCCGCAAAGGAGUAUGCUUUCAUGAAGAUCCUCUACGAGCACGGCUUUCCGGUUCCUCAGCCUAUCGACCAAGCCCGUCACUGCAUCGUCAUGUCCUACAUUGACGCUUUUCCGCUACGCCAAAUUGCAGUCCUCCCGUCAGAUCAAAUUCCACUUCUCUACUCGGCCUUGAUGAAACUCAUCGUCCGUCUGGCACGAGCAGGUCUCAUCCACGGCGACUUCAACGAGUUCAACUUGCUCAUUCGCGAAGUCACAAAUCCCAGCGACGACGAGUACGAAUCCGACUCAGGCAGACCAGCUCCAACGAAGGAGCCGCAAACCCAUAGCGCCAGCCGACGUGAUCAGCUCGUUGCCCCGUCACAACACGCCGAUGUUGGUCUCGAAGCGGAUUUGGCCGAGGGACAGCAAAUCGAGCGCGGCAAUGGCUUUGAGAGGGUCGUCGCAUCGACCUCAUCCCUGCGAACAGCAGAUGCAACCGAAGAUGGUCAAGAUAGCUCAGGCUCCGAAGACGAGGAAGAGGAAGAAGACGAUGAUGAGGCUGAUGCUGCGUCAGAUGGCCAAAUUCAGCUCGGAGACGAUGUCACCGUCGAGCCCAUCUUGAUCGACUUUCCCCAAAUGGUCAGCAUUAACCACGAAAAUGCAGAAUACUACUUUGAUCGCGAUGUCGAAUGCGUACGCAGAUUCUUCCGAAAACGCUUCAGGUACAUCUCGGACGAGUUUCCUCGAUUCCAAGACGUCGUACCUGAACACGCGCGUAAGCAGACCAAGCUACCAAAGACGACAACCGAUGCCGAGGCUGUUGACGAAGCAAACACCACAACGUCAGAGUCUGGCGACGUUCGUCUCGAUCUUCUCGCCAAGGCCAGCGGCUUUGGCGGCUCAAAGCAAGAUCGCGAGCUUGAACAGUACAUGUCUUCUCUGCGCCUGAGCACCACUGCCGGUAUGAUCGAGGUUGCUGGUUCAGGAGACGACGAAACAUUUGACGAUAACGAUGACUCCGUCGAUGAUGACGACGAAGAAGAAAGCCAAGACGACGAAGACGAAGACCAGCAAGGCGGCGAGAGCGGUUCGGACGGCGAAGAUGACAAGGAUGAUGGGCUUACAAGGAGUGAGAGGAAAACUCUCAAGGCAGCAAAUGCUGCUGCCGCGGAUAGUGCUAAGCCAUCUCGUGGUGCUGCUCACAAGGCUCUCCUCGACGGCGACGACUCCAAGAUUGCCCAACUGGUCGCCUCCGACCGAGCCAAAGCUGCCCGUCGAGCUGAAAAGCAUCACGGUCGUAAGGCCCAUGCUGGCAAGGGCGGCAGAGCUCAUGCUGGUGGCAAAGCAAAGACGGGCAAGGCUCGUAUGAUCAGCGAUUCCAUGGACUUCUAA